GUGACGACUGUAGCGAAGGUCCGCAGGGACUCUGCGUUCUGGAGUGGCGCUGCUUGGGCCGGUGGCGGAUUUCGAGCUGCUGGUGUCGCGGCUGAGGAGGACAGCGAGUGGGUUCGGCAUUUCCCCGUCGGGAUACCCGCAACGAUGAGUGCUGCCAGGGAGUCUCACCCGCACGGGGUGAAGCGUUCAGCUUCCCCAGACGACGAUCUUGGAUCCAGCAAUUGGGAGGCAGCAGAUUUGGGUAAUGAAGAGAGAAAACAAAAGUUCUUGAGACUUAUGGGUGCAGGAAAGAAAGAACAUACUGGUCGUCUUGUUAUAGGAGAUCACAAAUCAACAUCUCACUUCCGAACAGGGGAAGAAGACAAGAAAAUUAAUGAAGAACUGGAGUCUCAAUAUCAGCAAAGUAUGGACAGUAAAUUAUCAGGAAGAUAUCGACGACAUUGUGGACUUGGCUUCAGUGAGGUAGAGGAUCAUGAUGGAGAAGGCGAUGUGGCUGGAGAUGAUGAUGAUGAUGAUGAUGAUGAUUCACCUGAUCCUGAAAGUCCAGAUGACUCCGAAAGUGAUUCAGAAUCAGAGAAAGAAUCUGCUGAAGAACUCCAAGCUACUGAGCACCCUGAUGAAGUGGAAGAUCCCAAAAACAAAAAAGAUGCAAAAAGCAAUUAUAAGAUGAUGUUUGUUAAAUCCAGUGGUUCAUAACUCCCAAACACUUAGUCUUUGUAUUAAAAGUAAGCCUUAUUGUUAUAAUGCACAGUGGAGGACUGCUUAUAGAGCACAGACCUUUGUAUUAUAAUUUUUAAAAAGGCCCUUUUAAAUAUUACAAAGAGUGUUUGCUUUCAGAUGCCAUUGAUUACACUUUUAUGGUCGUGACUAUAACCAUUUUUGUAAAGAGUAAGAGUUGUAUAAGAUAAGAAAUAAAUACAAUACUCAACUUCCUUUCAUAUUAGCAUCAUCAACCCUCUAAUCUCACCUUUUUACCCCUUCAAAUGCAGUUAUGGAAAUGCCUUUUUUUGUUUGCAGUCACUAUUUCUUCAUUUUUUUUUGUUGUUGUUCCUUCAUAUUUUUCUCUUUUAAAAAUUUAUUUGAUACUGUGAUAUGUUCAUGAAAAAUAUACUUUAAUUAUACUUUGUAUUGUAUAACUAUUCAUCAUGGAUAUUUCUGCUGCCAGUCACAGUCUAAAUUAAUGUUGGCAAAAGAUUAGGUACUUAGUUUACCCUUAGUGAUUCAGCUCUACUCUUGGACCAAAGUAAUAUGAGAGCAAGUACUUUCACACCUGUUAGGAUGGAGUUAGUUACAACUGUCAUACAUUUGGAAUGUUAUGAUCCCAAGUAAUCUUUAUAUAAUUUUGAUUACAUCGUAUGUUAGAUUUUUUGAUAAAAUUUGGCCAAUUUUUACAGAAGAAAUUAUUUCUCUGAUCAUUUAGUCCUGUCUAUUUUGAAAUAUGUAAAACUGGAUUUUAAAGGUAAUAUGUGACCAAAGUUAAUUUUUUCCCUCAAGGUCUAAAUAAAGAGAAAGCAGUUUCCCAUAUUGGUUGUGAUACCUUUAUCCUCAUAAUCUAAAAAAUGAGGACUAGGCAUAUUGAACAAGAAGCUAAAACAAAUUAUCUUCAUUUUAUCCCAUUGCUGUUUAAUUAAUCACUAAAAAGAAAUAUUACUUUCUAAUUUUAUAGCAGCUUCUGUUUGAGUGAGAUUAGAAUCAUCUGACUGCUGUUACAUGGUUGAUUUGUAUAGCGGGUUAACACAAACUGCAUUAUGGGCUAGUCAAUGGAUUUUUUAAAUAAUUGGGUCCAAAAUCUUAAUGUUUUUAAGUAACAAGUUCAGAGUCGAGUCAGACCUGUUUGUGAGCUAAACUGUUAUACAUGUAGAUACUUAAGUAUGUGUUUGAUGCAUUGGAUUUUUGAAAAUUAUUCUUAUGUCAUUUUCAAAUUUAUAAUGUGUUAGAGGAGUGUAGCAACUAGAACUGGUGAUUUCUGGUUUAUAGACUCCAUCUUGCAAUAUUUUUCAUGUGUCAGAUCCCCAAGUUUUGUGUUUUUUUUCUCAAAUUGUUUUAAAAUAGGUGCUACCCAAUAUAGUAAAACAUUGUCAGUGGGUGAUAGUAUGUGACAUUUGACAAAUAGUUGGUUUGAAAAAGUUUGGCUUUAUUGAACAAUUUUAGUUUGACCACUGAUUUUCAAAACCUAGUGUGUGGGGUUGCUUAUUACAACUAAUUAGAAAGUGAAGACUUGAUUUAUGUUUAAGAAUGGAAGAGGGAGAGAGACCAGUUAUUAAUGUUUUAAAAAGUAUUUUCAUCAAUUCAUUGUUUAAAUCUACUGGAUGUUGAUAAGUCUUGAUUCUGAUAUAUGAAAUAGAAGUACCUCCUGAAAUAACUACACUGGAAGACUUUUUUUCUAACUCUAAAUAGAAAUCUUUAUUUCAAUUAAUUCAUGUGUUAAGAAAAUGACAUUAACAAAAUUCAGGGUUGGAAUAAAUUUAGGUCUGUUGGUCCAUGUGGCCUAGAGUCACAGCACUACAUUAAACAUCAUGGCUGUCUUUUAA